GCCACGUUCAGCACCACGGAGAUGGCGCUGGCGCUGAACCGCUACCUGUGCCUGGCGGUGCUGCCGCUCAUGACCAAGUGUGCGCCGCUCUUUGCGGGGACCGAGCACCGCGCCAUCAUGGUGGACUCCAUGCUUCACACGGUGUACCGCCUGUCCCGCGGCCGCUCGCUCACCAAGGCUCAGCGCGACGUCAUCGAGGACUGCCUCAUGGCGCUCUGCAGGUACAUUCGCCCGUCCAUGCUGCAGCACCUGCUGCGGCGCUUGGUGUUCGACGUGCCCAUCCUUAACGAGUUCGCCAAGAUGCCGCUCAAGCUCCUCACCAACCACUAUGAGCGUUGUUGGAAGUACUACUGCCUCCCCACAGGCUGGGCCAACUUUGGGGUCACCUCGGAGGAAGAGCUGCACCUCACACGGAAACUCUUCUGGGGCAUCUUUGAUUCUCUGGCCCAUAAGAAGUAUGACCCGGAGCUGUACCGCAUGGCCAUGCCUUGUCUGUGUGCCAUCGCCGGGGCCCUGCCCCCUGACUACGUGGAUGCCUCCUAUUCAUCUAAGGCGGAGAAAAAGGCCACGGUGGAUGCUGAAGGCAAUUUUGACCCCCGGCCUGUGGAGACCCUCAAUGUGAUCAUUCCAGAGAAGCUCGACUCCUUCAUCAACAAGUUUGCGGAGUACACACAUGAGAAGUGGGCCUUCGACAAGAUCCAGAACAACUGGUCGUACGGAGAGAACAUCGAUGAGGAGCUGAAGACCCACCCCAUGCUGAGGCCCUACAAGACCUUUUCAGAGAAGGACAAAGAGAUUUACCGCUGGCCUAUCAAAGAGUCCUUGAAGGCCAUGAUUGCCUGGGAAUGGACGAUAGAGAAGGCCAGGGAGGGUGAGGAAGAGAAGACGGAGAAGAAAAAAACACGGAAGAUAUCACAAAGCGCCCAGACCUACGACCCGCGAGAGGGCUACAACCCCCAGCCCCCUGAUCUUAGCGGAGUUACCCUGUCCCGGGAGCUGCAGGCCAUGGCAGAACAACUGGCAGAAAAUUAUCACAACACGUGGGGGCGGAAGAAGAAGCAGGAGCUGGAGGCCAAGGGCGGGGGGACCCACCCGCUGCUGGUCCCCUACGACACACUCACGGCCAAGGAGAAGGCUCGAGAUCGAGAGAAGGCCCAAGAGCUGCUGAAAUUCCUGCAGACGAACGGCUACGCGGUCACCAGAGGCCUUAAGGACAUGGAGCUGGACUCGUCUUCCAUUGAGAAGCGGUUUGCCUUUGGCUUCCUGCAGCAGUUGCUUCGUUGGAUGGACAUUUCCCAGGAGUUCAUCGCCCACCUGGAGGCUGUGGUCAGCAGCGGACGUGUGGAAAAGUCCCCACAUGAACAGGAGAUUAAAUUCUUCGCCAAGAUCCUGCUUCCCUUGAUCAAUCAGUACUUCACCAACCACUGCCUCUACUUCCUCUCCACACCAGCCAAAGUGCUGGGCAGCGGUGGCCACGCCUCCAACAAGGAGAAGGAGAUGAUCACCAGCCUCUUCUGCAAACUUGCCGCUCUUGUCCGCCACCGAGUCUCUCUCUUUGGGACGGAUGCCCCGGCUGUGGUCAACUGUCUUCACAUCCUGGCCCGCUCCCUGGAUGCCAGGACGGUGAUGAAGUCGGGCCCGGAGAUCGUGAAGGCUGGCCUCCGCUCCUUCUUCGAGAGCGCCUCGGAAGACAUCGAGAAGAUGGUGGAGAACCUGCGGCUGGGCAAGGUGUCGCAGGCGCGCACGCAGGUGAAGGGCGUGGGCCAGAACCUCACCUACACCACCGUGGCGCUGCUGCCAGUGCUCACCACGCUCUUCCAGCACAUCGCCCAGCACCAGUUCGGAGACGACGUCAUCCUGGACGACGUCCAGGUCUCUUGCUACCGAACGCUGUGCAGCAUCUACUCUCUGGGAACCACCAAGAGCACUUAUGUGGAAAAGCUGCGGCCAGCCCUCGGGGAGUGCCUGGCCCGUCUGGCAGCGGCCAUGCCGGUGGCGUUCCUGGAGCCGCAGCUGAACGAGUACAACGCCUGCUCCGUGUACACCACCAAGUCUCCCCGCGAGCGGGCCAUCCUGGGGCUCCCCAACAGCGUGGAAGAGAUGUGCCCCGACAUCCCAGUGCUGGAGCGGCUCAUGGCUGAAAUUGGGGGGCUGGCCGAGUCAGGAGCCCGCUACACGGAGAUGCCUCACGUCAUCGAGAUCACACUGCCCAUGCUGUGCAGUUACCUGCCCCGCUGGUGGGAGCGUGGGCCUGAGAUGCCCCCGCCCGCCCUGCCUGCCGGAGCGCCCCCGCCCUGCACCGCCGUCACCUCUGACCACCUCAACUCCCUGUUGGGAAAUAUCCUUCGGAUCAUCGUCAACAACCUGGGCAUCGACGAGGCCUCAUGGAUGAAGCGGCUUGCAGUGUUCGCCCAGCCCAUCGUGAGCCGCGCGCGGCCGGAGCUCCUGCGCUCCCACUUCAUCCCCACCAUCGGGCGGCUGCGCAAGCGCGCGGGGAAGGUGGUGGCCGAGGAGGAGCAGCUGCGCCUGGAGGCCAAGGCGGAGGCCGAGGAGGGCGAGCUGCUGGUGCGCGACGAGUUCUCCGUGCUCUGCCGCGACCUGUACGCGCUGUAUCCGCUGCUCAUCCGCUACGUGGACAACAACAGGGCACACUGGCUGACGGAGCCCGAUCCCAGCGCUGAGGAGCUCUUCAGGAUGGUGGGCGAGAUCUUCAUCUACUGGUCCAAGUCCCACAACUUCAAGCGUGAGGAGCAGAACUUUGUGGUCCAGAAUGAGAUCAACAACAUGUCCUUCCUGACGGCUGACAACAAGAGCAAGAUGGCCAAGUCCGGUGGCUCGGACCAGGAACGUACCAAGAAGAAGCGCCGAGGAGACCGCUACUCUGUGCAGACAUCACUGAUUGUCGCAACGCUGAAAAAGAUGCUGCCCAUUGGCCUGAACAUGUGUGCACCCACUGACCAGGACCUCAUCACACUGGCCAAGACCCGCUAUGCCCUGAAAGACACAGAUGAAGAGGUGCGGGAAUUUCUGCAAAACAACCUUCACCUUCAGGGAAAGGUCGAGGGCUCCCCGUCUCUGCGCUGGCAGAUGGCCCUGUACCGGGGCCUCCCGGGCCGCGAGGAGGACGCCGACGACCCCGAGAAAAUCGUGCGCAGAGUCCAGGAAGUGUCUGCGGUGCUCUACCACCUGGACCAGAUCGAGCACCCUUACAAGUCCAAGAAGGCUGUGUGGCACAAGCUUUUGUCCAAGCAGCGCCGGCGGGCAGUCGUGGCCUGUUUCCGCAUGACGCCCCUGUACAACCUGCCCACGCACCGGGCCUGUAACAUGUUUCUGGAGAGCUAUAAGGCUGCUUGGAUCCUGACUGAAGACCACAGUUUUGAGGACCGCAUGAUAGAUGACCUUUCAAAAGCUGGAGAGCAGGAGGAAGAAGAAGAAGAAGUGGAGGAAAAGAAACCAGACCCCCUGCACCAACUGGUUCUGCACUUCAGCCGCACUGCCCUAACUGAAAAGAGCAAACUGGAUGAGGAUUACUUGUACAUGGCAUAUGCUGACAUCAUGGCGAAGAGUUGCCACCUGGAGGAGGGAGGGGAGAACAGCGAAGGUGAGGAAGAGGAAGCUGAGGCUUCCUUUGAGGAGAAAGAGAUGGAGAAGCAGAGGCUCCUGUACCAGCAGGCACGGCUGCACAACCGGGGGGCGGCAGAGAUGGUGCUUCAGAUGAUCAGCGCCUGCAAAGGAGAGACAGGUGCCAUGGUAUCCUCCACCCUGAAGCUGGGCAUCUCCAUCCUCAAUGGAGGCAAUGCUGAGGUGCAGCAGAAAAUGCUGGAUUAUCUGAAGGACAAGAAAGAGGUCGGCUUCUUCCAGAGUAUCCAGGCACUGAUGCAAACAUGCAGUGUCCUGGAUCUCAACGCCUUCGAGAGACAGAACAAGGCAGAGGGGCUGGGCAUGGUGAACGAAGAUGGAACUGGAGAGAAGGUCAUGGCAGAUGAUGAAUUCACACAAGAUUUGUUCCGGUUCCUGCAGUUGCUCUGCGAGGGGCACAAUAACGAUUUCCAAAACUACCUAAGGACACAGACUGGAAACACAACCACUAUUAACAUCAUCAUCUGCACUGUGGACUACCUCCUGCGCCUGCAGGAGUCCAUCAGCGACUUCUACUGGUACUACUCGGGCAAGGAUGUCAUCGAAGAGCAAGGCAAGAGGAACUUCUCGAAAGCCAUGUCGGUGGCUAAGCAGGUGUUCAACAGUCUCACCGAGUACAUCCAGGGCCCGUGCACCGGGAACCAGCAGAGCCUGGCGCACAGCCGCCUGUGGGACGCCGUGGUGGGAUUCCUGCACGUGUUCGCUCACAUGAUGAUGAAGCUGGCUCAGGACUCGAGCCAGAUUGAGCUGCUGAAGGAGCUGCUGGAUCUGCAGAAGGACAUGGUGGUGAUGUUGCUGUCACUGCUAGAAGGGAACGUGGUGAAUGGCAUGAUCGCCCGGCAGAUGGUGGACAUGCUCGUGGAGUCCUCGUCCAACGUAGAGAUGAUCCUCAAGUUCUUUGACAUGUUCCUGAAGCUCAAGGACAUCGUGGGCUCCGAGGCCUUCCAGGACUACGUCACAGAUCCCCGCGGUCUCAUCUCCAAGAAAGACUUCCAGAAGGUACAGUGGUCCACACCUGUAAUCCCAGCA